AUUGUUGUCUAGACUGUUAGCAAAUACCUGAAGUUAAAUUGCACGUCGGCGUUGCACUCGCACUUAACGUCACAGUAAUAUUUACGGGCUUACGGCCGAACACAAGGCGGUGUAACUGACUUCACCUUGAUUUGAAAACCCACAAUCACUUGCUUUAUUACCUACCGCUUACUGCUCCAUUUGCCUGGGUUGGCGUGCGCAAUCGCAUCCACUUUAGCCGGUUGAUGCAUUAAUCGACGCUGCAAACAGCAUAUAUCUGUAAUGGUCAGCACAAGGAGGGGUACACGUGGCCAAGCUGUAACAGCAGAGGCUCCUGCGGCAAACAUGGCGCCUUCCGACGCCGGCGCCAAGCCCGCGGACGCACCUGCUGCUAACGGUGUAACUGCAGCGGCCAAUGGCAACCACACCGCCGAAGCGCAGCCCCUACCAGCCGCAGCCCAGCUAACCCAACCCGACGCGACGGCGCAAGUCGUGGGGGGCGAUGCGGCGCCCGCGGCUAAGCGACAGAAGCAGGACGUCGGCGCUGCUGUUGUCGCUGCUGCUGCCGAGGGCGGUCCCGGUGCUGAUGACGAGGGCGGUUUGGAUGCGUUCCGGAAGAUGCCGCAGCUGCGAGCAGCCCUGGAGGCUCUGCAGGCCCGAGUGGACGACUCCGCCGUGUUUCUGCGCCCCUCAGCCGAGGUGGCGGCAGCGGCCAGGGAUGCGGCAAAGCUCCUCUACAAGCACGCCACCUCGCAGCUGCUGUUCGGCGGGGGCGCGGCAGCUCGCUCGGAGCGGCGGGCGCUGCGGCGGGGCGGGGCCGCCCCCCUGCCGGAGCUGCACACGGACGCGGCGUUCGACCCGGAGCAGAUCUGGUUGCAGAUGGAGCCGGCCACCGAGGCGGCUGUGCGGCGGGUGCGGCGGCUACUGCGGAGCGCGGAGCCGCUGUUGCAGGCGGCUGCGGAGGGGCGGGGGGCGGGGCUGGUGACGGCGGAGGCGGCGGAGGGGAUUGAGCGGCUGCUGCGGGGAGAGGAGGAGGAGGAGGAGAGCGAGGAGGAGGGCGAGGAGGAAGAGGGAGGCAGCAGUGGGGAUGAGGACAUGGAGGAGGAGGAGGGCGCGAGCGAUGAUGAGGAAGACGACGAGGAUGAGGAUGAGGAUGAGGAGGAUGUAGACGAGGAGGACGAGGAGGAGGGUGGGCGGCGCGGCAAGAAGGCGCGAAGAGAGCUCGGCAAGGCCAAGGCGGGCAAGGGCGCAGCAGCAGCAGGCGGCAAGGGCGCGGGUGUUGAGGACCGGUUCUUCCGCCUGAGCGACCUGGAGCGGUACGUGGAGGAUGCGGAGCGGAGGGCCAUGGCAGGGGACGAGGAGGAGGAGGAGGGCGAGGAGGAGGAGGAGGAUGACAUGAUGGGAGGACUAGGUGACGACGAUGACGAUGAUGAUGAGGAGGAGAUGGAGGCGCUGCUGGCUAACACAGCGGCAGCGGCAGGCAAGAAGAAGGGCGGCAAGGGUGCGGAGGCGGGAAUGCGCUACAGCGACUUCUUCGGUGGAGGAGACGAUGACGAGGAUGAGGACGAGGAGGGCGAAGAGGAUGAAGGGGAGGAGGACGAAGAGGAUGAGGAGCGCGGGGCGGGACAGCGGCGGGGUGGAAAGGCGGGCGGGCUGUUGUCAAGUGAAGACAUGGAGGUGGACGACGAUGAGGACGAGGAGGAUGGAGGGGCGGCGAGGCGGCGAUCCGGCAAGGAUGCAGGUCCCCGAGAGGGCGGCAAGCCGGGUGCCAAGCGGGGUGCGGAGGCGGCAGCCGCGCUGUCCUCCCACGAGCGGCGGCUGGCCCGCAUGCAGGAGCGGGUGGCGGAGCUGGAGGCGGCUGCGCUGGCGGAGCGGCAGUGGCACCUGACGGGCGAGGCGGCGGCGGGGUCGCGGCCGCUGAACAGCGCACUGGAACUGGACAUGGACUUUGAGACGACGGCCAAGCCCGUCCCCGUACAAACCGACGAGAUGACCAACGACCUGGAAGCCCUCAUCCGCAAACGCAUCGUGGACCGGCGUUUUGAUGACGUCAUCCGCGUCGUACCGCCGCCCCUGGAAUCCAAGAAGAAGGAGAUUGACUUGGACGAUUCCAAAUCCAAGGCGGGUCUGGGGGAGCUGUACGAGCAGGACUAUGUACGGCAGGUGGCUGGCGGUACGACAGAGGACAAGGACGAGCGGCUGCGUGGGGAGGCGAAGGCGCUGUUCAAGGCGCUGUGCUUCAAACUGGACGCGCUGAGUCGCUUCCACUUCGCGCCCAAGCCGGUGGUGGAGGAGAUGGCGGUGCGCAGCGAGGUCCCCGCCAUCGCCAUGGAGGAGGCUGCCCCGGUGGCGGUCAGCAAGGCGGCCAUGCAGCUGCCCGGGGAGGUGUUUGCGCCCGCGGCAAAGGACGGCAAGCCCGUGGCGGAGGGGGAGCUCACAAGGGAGGACCGCAAGCAGCGGCGCGCCAAGAAGAAGCGUGCGCACAAGGCCAAGGAGGCGGCCAAGGAGGCGGAGCGGCGGGCGAAGGCGGUGGCGGCAGGGGGCGAGGCGGAGGUGGUGGGACGCAAGUCGGACAGCAAGGUUGUGUCCGGCAAGGGAGUCAAGGUGGUGGAGGGUGCGGGUGCUGCCCGCCACGGCCGCACCGACCUGGGCAACACCUCCGCCGUCUUCGCGAAGCUGGCGGCGGAGCAGAAGCAGCAGGCGGCAGCGGGGGGUGCAGCAGUGGAGAAGGUGGCGA